CGAGCACACGCGUCUGUUCCCCUCUCCUCAUCCUCCUCUCCUCGUCCUCUUCCCUCCUGAUCGCAUGGCGGCCAUCAAGGCGCUGGAGCUGUGGUGCCGCGGCCAGUGCGAGGGCUACCGGGACGUGGCCAUCACCAACAUGACCUCGUCCUUCAGGAGCGGCCUGGCGUUCUGCGCGCUCAUCCACAGAUGCAGACCCGACCUCAUAGACUAUGACUCACUCAGAAAAGAGGAUGUGUUUGAGAACAACAAACUGGCUUUCCAGAUUGCCGAGGAGGAGUUGGGCAUCCCAGCUUUGUUGGACGCAGAAGACAUGGUGGCUUUAAGGGUCCCAGACAGGCUGAGCAUCUUGACGUACGUCUCCCAGUACUACAACUACUUCAAAGGACGGCCUCCCAUGGGAGGUGUGAAGAGGCCAGCAGAGGGCUCCAAGGAGGAGCCGUCGGAGAAGAAAAAUCUCCCAGUGGUUGCCAAAACCUUUGUGUCCAAAACCGCCACGGAGAAGCGUUCGGCUCCCACUCUCCCAACCCAACACUCACCCAGGCUGGCCAGAGCUGCUGCUCAGGAGGUGGGUUUAAUCAACAACGGCAACAAAAGCGGGACUCUCACUAGCAAAUGUGUUGCAUGUAACAGUCACGUUCAUCUGGUGCAGAGGCACUUUGUGGAAGGCAAGCUUUAUCACAGAAGCUGCUUCAAAUGCUGCGAGUGCGCCAGUGUGCUUCAUGUGGGAGGCUACAAACCUGGGAGGAAUCCCGACACAUUUGUGUGUAAAACCCACCCGAGCGGUUCUGACACUCCCUCUGCUGAUGCUGGGGUCAGAAAUGGUCUCGCUACUCCAGCGGUGCGAUCAAAGAGCGCCCAGCUCGCACCGAGACCCUCUUCAGUGCUGUCGUCCCCGAUCAAGGCGGCGCUAAAGCCGGCGAGUCCCCCUCCUCCUUCACGGGCCUGGACGGCUUCAGCGCAGAAAACUCAGGAAGCCCGGCAGAAGUUUUUCCAGGUUACGCAGCAAACUACAGAAACCCCAACGGGUACCAGGAAGCAUUUGGAGCCCUUAGAGAGGCCAAAGGUGCUGCUGAGUCCUGAUCGUGGCAGAGGAAGACUGACUGGAGAGAAACCGGCAGAGAAAAACAGCAACAACAACAACAAACGCCCGUUCACCAUCCGAUCUGCAGGGACCAGGUUUUGUGACGAGCCCAGCCCAGUUGGCAGCUCUGGAUUAAGAGUGGAUAAAUGCAGCCAAGUCGCAGCAGGAAGCAGUGCAGCUCAACCCACCAGCAGCCACAUAAACAAGAGGAAGCCACCAUGUCUGAAGACCAUCAACAAAGACGACCCAAGGCCAACAGUUGUACAUAACACUGCCAAAGAUCCGAUCUACCGCGAGUGGCAAAUGAAGGGCGAGCCUGUGAAAACUGAGCAAAGACCAAAACCGCGGCCUCUUCGUGUUUCCAUCCCUGUCUUGGUUGACUGGCUCAGAGUGCAUCCGCUAGCUCUGUCUCCCAUCUUAACAAGUCCCAAGGGAGAAAUCACGUGCUUUCUCAAAGGCAUUAAGGGCGGUAGAUUUAAACGUGGAAGCUGCUCACCUACAAAAUCCCCACCCAGACUGACAACUGAUCAGUCCGCUGGCUCUUUGACAGUCAAACCCGUAAACCCGUCAGCUGCUAAAAAGGGAAAGUAUUUGUCACCCACCGCCGCCUUCAGGACUGAAAUGAGGUCACCCUCUGUGAAGUCUCAUCAUAUUCCAGCGGAGCAGAUUGAGAAGGAGCUGCGUGACAUUGAGACAAACUUGGCUCAGUUGGAGAAGGAGGGCGUUGAGCUGGAGAAGAUGCUCCGCAGCUGCGAAGAAGAAGGAGAAGGGGACGUAUUGAUGGACCCACUGAUGGUCGACUGGUUUAACCUCAUUCAAAAAAAGCAGAUCUACAUAAGAAAGGAAUCGGAGCUUGUAUAUAUAGCCCGGACUCAGGAGCUGGAGCAGCAACAACCGGGUGUGGAGGGAGAACUCCGCAGGCUGCUGGACAAGCCAGAUCAUUUAAAGUCCAGAGAUGAGCGACAGCGGGAGAAGAAGCUGCUGCAGCGGCUGAUGGACAUCGUGGACGGCAGAAAUGCGAUUGUGGAGGGUCUUGACGAGGACAGGCUGAGGGAAGUGGAAGAGGACCAACAACUGAAUAAGAUGAUGCAAAAUCUUGGUGUGAAGAAAGGCAAAAAUAAGAGAAAAUCCUCCAUCUCAAAACUGUUCAGGCGAAGAAGUAAGAGACGAGUUGAAUGAUGCGUAGGGGAAUUUAAAAAAAAAAAGUGUUUAUUACAAUUUCUUAAAAAAAAAAUAAAGGUUUUAUAUUUAACUACUGUAGUAUAUAGUGUGAUGAUGAAAUUGUAAAUGAGCAAGGGUGAAAAAUGGCCGUUAAAUAUUUUGGUUUCUUAUUCACCUCUCGUUCUUUUGGUGAUAUUGGAUUCAGUUUGUUUAUUUUUUUUCACGCAAUGUUUUUCCUUAAAAAUGUUUCACUGUUUUAAAACAAAUGUUCAUAUAUGCAACUGUGAUUUUUAUUUCAAAAGAGUUUCAUUUGGGUAAAAUACUGCAUUUUAAAGAAAUUCCAAUUUUAAGAAAUGCUAUAUUCAUGGGCAGAAUGAAAAGAUUGAGUUUAUUUUUAACCGUUUGGGAUGCGUUUGGUCAAACAAGUGGACUUCUGGUUCAAAACAACCACGCCGGCUGAGUUACGCAGAGAACACUGGCUGUUUCACGUGCAAAUAGAAAAGAGUACAACUGUCUAAUCCUUCACCCGGCUCCAUCCAGAGUGUCAUUAUUUGGGUAUUUUAUUUGAAUAAUGGAUUUGAACAAAUUCAGCAGCCUUGGCGCUGGAGUUGGGGAGUCCGGAGUGUGAAACGGGGGCGCACGUGUUGAGCUGCUGCACUCCUGGCUCCUCUCGCACCGUACUGUAGGUGGCAGCCUGGGCAUGCCGCAUUACAAGGCAGGAACUCAGAAAUCCAAUUUGCCACAGCACAGACAGUUAAUUUCUUUGCUAAUUUUAUAAAUGCUGCCAAAAUGUUCAGCUGUGCUGAUGCAAUAAUGUUAUGUGAAAGAGGAUUAAGUAGAGCAGUAGCUUAUAACUGGGGAGGGCUUAUAAACUAUAGGUUGUAUUGAGCCCUUUAUCUUCAAACCAGGUUUAAUUAAACGUUACUCUUUACUAAUAUCUGCAUCAGAAUGGCUCCAUACCUGAGUUAUUAAAAUGUUCAAACGACAUGUGGAGUCGCUCAUGUGUGAAAAAGGCUUUGCGGCGUGUUUGUGAGGAAUUUACUGUAAUGUUGCAUCUUAGAAGUGUUAUUGAAUGGUAUGCUCUGUAUUUAUAGUCAUUUUAAAACUGGAAAUCUGUUGUUCAU